UUCACAUCCAGACCUCCCGGGCUCUCAUGGUCAUUUCUCUCCUCCUGGGUUUCUUCGGCAUCAUUGUGAGCGUGGUGGGCAUGAAAUGCACCAAAGUUGGUGAAGAAGAUCCCGUCACCAAGAGCCGCAUCGCUGUUGCCGGUGGUGUCCUCUUUGUCCUCUCCGGUCUUUGCACGUUGGCUGCCGUGUCCUUGUAUGCCACGCAGGUGACCUGGGAGUUCUUCAAGCAGAGCAGCGUCCCCCUCAACGCCAGGACCUUCCCUUACUGGUUUUGGCCACGCACGGGGUCGUAG